AUGUCAGACAAAUUCCAGCUGGAACCGACGGAUGAAGGGAUCGAUUGUCGGAUCGAGAUGAUGUGGAAGCUUGAUGCCCAUGGCAACAAGCGAAGACCAGAUCGUCUCCUUCUGCUGGGAUCUUUGAUCUGCAACUCUCUGGCUUUCACAUCUCCGACUGCCUCCAAUCUGCGCACUCUCACCCAUCAAUCCACAAUUCUGAGGCAUACCAAAUGGCAGCCAGUAGCACCAUCACCCAUCCACCAAUCUCCUUAUAAUCCGGUUGCACAGCGAACAUCGACUCCCGUCACUCGUCAGUCACCUCUGUUUGGUCAACUACGAAAAGAUGGUGGCAAGGAAGCAUCAUCCGUGUCCGCCCUGACGGCCGUUUGGAGGAGACUAAUCGCAUGGUUCCAGGUCCUACCUCGCAGUAUCCGCCAUAGCAAACCUGCCAAGAGCAUUCAACGUGCUGUGGUGGUGCUAAUGGCCAGUGCCAUGAUUUGGCUAGGAACGGCCGGAUCGUAUACCCCUCCCGCAUCGGCCGCCGCACCCGCCAUAGUGGAACGGAUCCUACCAGCCUCCCAAGAACAAAUUGUGGAUCGUUACAUCCGACAACACAUGUUUGACGCCGAUGACAUGCAAGAUCCAUUGGAAUCGGCCUACCGAGAAGCCGCCGCCGAUUACAAGACCGAUGGCAGUUAUCCCCGUGCCCUCAAGGAAGUCGCCGCCGAUGUCUUGGGCAAGGGAAGCGUAUCGGUCGGCAAACGGGCCGACGACGGUGGCGUCUUUUUGAAUGCCCUCCAGUCGGUUGCCCGAUUCAUGGAACGACGCGUCGGUGUCAGUGAAUCCACGGCACUGGCCAUUGUGGCGGGAUCGCUGGUGAUUGCCACACCCAUUACCGGUAUGAUGGUGGCCAUGAUGAUUGGAACACAAUCCAAACGUAGUAUGAAUCGACUCAUGAAAUCAAGAUAUGGUGAAAGUUAUACGUAA